AUGGAGAAGGGAAUUCACGAUGAAGGGGCCGAAAAGAAAGGCCCCAUAGUCACGACCUCGAGCAGUAGCAGUAGCAGCAGCACGAAAAGCGAGACCGCGCCAUCCUUGACAGACAACCACCGACGCUCGCCCUCGCCGGCCUCACCACAAAUAGACUACACCGUUGUCUCGUUCGAGCCCAACGACCGUACCAACCCCCACAACUGGUCAACACUAACCAAAUCGCUCAUCUUCCUCUCCGCCUUCCUCUCCACCACCACGACCUCCUUCUCGUCCACCCUCCCCUCCAACUUCGCCCCCUCCCUCCCCACCAUCUUCGCCGUCGCCGACCCCUCCGGCCCGCAGCGCGUGCUCCCCGCCUCGCUCUACCUCGCCGGCUACGUGUUUGGGCCCCUGGUCUGGGCCCCCCUCAGCGAGUCCCCGCUGGUGGGGCGGUGGCGCGUGUUGGCGGUGGGGGCGGGAUUGUUCGUGGUGAUGAGUUUGGGCCAGGCGGCGGUGAGGGAGGGGGAUUGGGUGGGGUUUUUGGUGUUGCGGUUUUUGGGGGGGGUUGUGGCCUCGCCGCCGAAGAAGCCGGCUGAUAUUAGUGCAGAAAACGACCUUAUCAAGACCGUGGCGCCUGCUCUUUGGGGAGCUGGUAGUCUCACUCUCCUGCGCGUACCUGGGCUUUGUAUAUGCCGUCUUCUACAUAUCUUCCCGCGCAUCUUCCAAGGCGUAUACGACUUCACCCCUGGCAUCUCCGGCAUCAUGUUCACCAUCAUGGGCCUCGGCACGGUCAUCGGCAGCUGCCUCUUCGUCUGGUACGACGGCGUGGCGCCACGGCUGAGCGCAAAGCACCCGACCCAGCGCGAGGAGUACCUGCGGCUGCCGCUGGUGUGCGCCGGCGGGCCUGUCUACGUCGCCGCCAUGCUGUGGCUGGGCUGGACCGCGCGCGCCGACAUCCACUGGAUGGUGCCCCUGUCCGCCAUGGUCCCCUACGGUCUGGCUUAUCACCUGAUUUACGUGGGUAUUGUCAACUACGUCGCCGACGCCUACGGCAUCUACUCGGCGUCGGCCCUCGCCGCCAUGAGCAUGACGCGCAGCGUGCUGGGCACACUCCUCCCACUCGCCGUCGAGGACAUGGCCGACGGGCUGGGCAUUGCGUGGUCGUGCACGCUGCUGGCCGGCGUCAGUGCCGGGCUGGCGCUGGUGCCGUUUGGGUUUGUGGCGUUUGGGGAACGGAUCCGGCGGGGGAGUCGGUUUAGUGCGUCGUUGAGGGGGGUGGAGGUUAAGGAGGGAGGUGGUGGGGAGGACAGGGAGGGGGGUGCUGCUCCUGGGGCUGGGGUUGGGGUUGGGGUUGGGUUGGGGAGGGUGACGAGUUUGUCGGCGGUGUGA